ACAUCUGGAAAACCAUUAUACGCGUUUUGAGUUUUCGAUUUGAGAUCUCCUUGCCUCUUCGAUUCUCUGUUCCUUCUUCUUCUUCUUCAAUCUAUCGACUCCUUUUUCUUCGGAACUUGAUGUCGGAGUUCUGAUUUCUCCCAAAAUCCCCGGAUAAAGUUCUUGGAUUUUGGGUCGUUUUGAUUCGUUGGAAAAAUACUGAUUUCGGUGAGACCCUUUGAUCUCUGACCAAAUGUGUUUGGUGCCUGUGAGAGAGUGACAUUGGUCGCAUGAUCACAAUGUUGAGAAGACGGAGAUUGUGAACCUUGGCUUGACCAAUGCUAGAUAGAGACUAUUCAGGAUAGUGGAAUGGAAAGAAAAAGAACAGAUGACGGCGAACCAGGACCGGUCCCUACGCAUGUACCGGUGGAUAGAUUCGGAUUUCUGAAACAGGAACACGGCAGUUCACCAAAGACUAGAUCGUCCACUGAAUAUGAGAGGGAAGAGAGAAGGGUGAGAAAAUGGAGGAAGAUGAUCGGUGUUGGGGGUAGUGACUGGAAGCAUUAUGUCAGGAGAAAACCCCAUGUCGUCAAAAGGCGUAUACGGAAGGGAAUCCCCGAUUGCUUAAGGGGUCUUGUUUGGCAGUUGAUCUCUGGAAGUCGGGACCUUUUACUUAUAAAUCCUGGCGUCUAUGAGCAACUGGUGAUCUAUGAGACGUCGGCAUCUGAACUUGAUAUCAUUAGGGACAUCUCCCGUACCUUCCCAUCACAUGUUUUCUUCCAGAAGAGGCAUGGACCUGGACAAAGAUCGCUUUACAAUGUCCUAAAGGCGUACUCUGUCUACGACAGAGAUGUUGGAUAUGUGCAAGGGAUGGGUUUCCUAGCUGGUCUUCUGCUUCUCUAUAUGAGCGAAGAAGAUGCGUUCUGGUUAGUAGUCGCAUUACUCAAAGGAGCUGUUCAUGCCCCCAUGGAAGGUUUGUAUCAGGCCGGGCUUCCCCUUGUACAACAAUACCUGUCUCAGUUUGAACUCUUGGUUAAGGAGCAAAUGCCAAAGCUUGGAGAACAUUUCACUCAAGAAAUGAUAAACCCUAGCAUGUACGCCAGUCAGUGGUUCAUCACUGUUUUCUCGUAUUCUUUUCCAUUCCCUUUGGCCCUCCGAAUAUGGGACGUGUUCCUCUACGAGGGCGUAAAAAUCGUUUUCAAGGUGGGAUUAGCAUUGUUGAAGUAUUGCCAUGACGACCUGGUGAAAUUACCGUUCGAGAAGCUCAUACAUGCUCUCAGAAAUUUCCCGGAAGAUGCAAUGGAUCCAGAUACCUUGCUUCCAUUGGCUUACUCCAUCAAGGUAUCAAAGCGUUUAGAAGAACUCAAGCAUGAAGACGAGAAGAACAAUGGAAAACCGGCUCAGCCGGCUAAACCACAGUAACCGAGAGAGCCUAAACCGGAACCGAUUCAAUGCCGACUCUGAUGCUGCUGGAUAACUUUUUUGUUUAGUAAGUUAUUUUUUUGUUUUCAUCAUUUUCUGAUAGAAAGCGUCUCAUACCGAAUGGAGGGAGGAGGAUGUCAACAAGUCGGUCCAAUUUCCCAAACAGAGAUGCUCUUUGAUUCUUUUGCAUGAGAUGCUAAAUGUGUGUACAGCAUGUUAUCAAUCGCUUCCUUCAACAUGAAAAUAAUCUCCCCUCUUCCGUAUGCA